AUGGAAAGCAUUGGAAAGAUUGUCUUCUAUGAGGACAAAAACUUCCAGGGUCACCACUUUGAAUACUGUAGCGAUUGCCCUGAGCUGAGUUCCCACUUUAGCCAUUGCAACUCCAUCCGUGUGGAGAAUGGGAACUGGAAAUGGGAACUGGGUGUUGAGACAUCUGGCAAGUUCAGGAUCCGCCUCUACGAGCGUCCCGACUUUGCAGGUCAGAUGAUGGAGUUCAGCGAAGACAACCCUAACCUCCCCGAGCACUGGCGUCACCCCGAGGUGCACUCUUGCAACGUGAUGGAUGGCACCUGGGUGUUCUACGAGCUCCCCAACUACCGCGGCCACCAGCACCUACUGGAGAGGGGCGAGUACCGCCACUUCAACGACUGGAGGUCCAACGUAGGGUCCAUUCGCCGCGUUCAGAACCUCUAG